AUGGACGCCUUCUUGAAGGGAACAAAACGGAAAAUGCCGCCAGCCUCAGAAGAGACGGUGGAUGACGAUGCUGAGUCUACAGAUAUCAAACUCGCUAUACUCGCCUCGCUGUUUCCAAACUUCAGUCAAGAAGCUCUGCUGGAAUCACUGCUGGCACAUGACGGUUCUGUUGAAGGCGCAACAGAAUCCCUGAGUAAUGAUUCUGCCGAGCCAACCAAGAAAUCACGAGCUCGUGUAGUCAUGGGAGCGCAGACGUCGUUGAGGUUCUUUGCUUCUGACCUGCCAUCCGCUGGUGGAAACUCCUCCCCAAAGAAGGCGAGACUGCUGUCAAAGAAAGGAACUACACUCCACCUGUAUGACCCGGAUGACAUCGCCCAACACACACCCUGUAGCAUCAUCCACAAUUUCCUCCCUCAGAACAUGGCCAACGACCUCCUUCGUGAAAUGUUGGACGAGUCCAAAACAUUCGAGAAGAUGACAUUCAAACUCUUCGAUAACGUUGUCUCGAGCCCGCACACGGCAACAUUCUAUGUGGAGAACGAGGAAGAGUUAAAGAGACAGAAGUAUGAGUAUUACUACAAUGGAGCGAGACUGACGGACGUUCGCACCAUCACUCCCCAGUUGCUUCGGGUAAAGCCACUGGUCCAGGAGGGUGUCAACAAGGAGGUUCAACGGCGUAUCCAGACCGUUUAUCCAAACGGCCAGAAGCUCAAAUACCAGUCCCCCGACGACUGGAAACCGAAUGCCGCAUUUGUGAAUUGCUACAACGGGCCGCAUGAAAACGUUGGCUACCACAGCGAUCAACUGACUUACUUGGGCCCGCGUGCUGUCAUCGGCUCACUAUCACUUGGGGUCGCCAGGGAGUUUCGAGUGAGAAGAAUGGUUCCAAAAGACUCUGAUAACAACGUCGCAGAAGAUCCGGACGCGGAGGGCCAGAUCUCUAUCCACCUGCCACACAACUCGCUCCUGGUCAUGCAUGCAGAGAUGCAAGAGGAGUGGAAACAUUCCAUCGCACCCGCCCAAGCAAUCGACCCGCACCCGAUAGCCGGCAACCGGAGAAUAAAUGUCACAUACAGAGAUUAUCGCGCGAGCCUCCAUCCGAAAUACACCCCGAGGUGCAAGUGCGGCAUCCCGGCCGUCCUUAAGGUCGUGCAGAAGAGGAAGGAGAACUUUGGGAAGUACUUCUGGAUGUGUUAUGGUGGAUACGUCCCUGGCAAGGAGAGCUGCAGCUUUUUCCAGUGGGCCGAUUUCGACGAUGAUGGGAACCCCAGUUGGGACAAGGAGAGGUACAGGAAAACUGCCGUAGCUGCUCCUAAAGACACACAAUGA